GUGUUCCUAUUUAUCUCAAUAAUUGUCGCCACCGAUCCAGUUGCUGUCGUUGCGAUUUUGGAGCAGUACGGUGCUCCUCAUCGGCUACGAAUUCUCAUCGAAGGCGAAUCCCUUCUGAAUGAUUGGCCUCGCAUUGUUGAGCUGGGAAUUUCUAACAAGUUCGAUGUACCGCAGCUAAUUUUCGUGGUGGUCAUGAGCGUCGUCGGUUCGCCAGUGAUCGGCACCAUCGGGGCAAGAGUGGUGGCCUGGAUCAUCGCGAAAUUACAAGAGAAUAAAAAGCGACAGGCAUUUAUUCUGGUUUCCGUAUAUGGCAUGUUCAUGCUAUGUGAAACAUGUAACGCUUCUCCAGCUCUCGGCCUUGUGGUUUUCGGGAUCAUGCUCAGCUCAUACAGAUUUUACGAGAAAUGUUUCGCCCCUGAGACGACUGAGAUGGCUUUGGAGCUUUGGGCCGCUAUGGGAUAUUGGGCUAACAACGUGAUUUUCAUCUUUGCCGGAUUCAGCGUUGGUUUGGAGAUGUUCAGUCGCAGCGAGCACAACUUCUAUCGCCAGCUACACGGCAGUACUUACUUCGAGAUUGACGUAGAGGAUAUGGCGGUUAUCAUUGAAGGAAUGCUACUAUCACCUGUACCACUUUUUGCCAGAGUUGCCUCUAUAUAUUUAUUCUAUAAAUACUCGGGCCUGCUCUCUUCGCAGCCGAUUCCUCCUCGGUCGGAAUUCACUAUUUUGGCAUACGCAGGACUUCGUGGAGCGCUUGGUCUGAUAUUGGCCAUGGAGCUGCGCAAUUAG